UCGUGUUUGUGUUGACGCCGUGCUGCCAACAUAUAAUUCAGUAGCCUGUGCGGGUAAAAUCGCCCAACAUGGCACCAUAAAACUGGGUAAAAAACACGGUUUCAUGCUCCACAGGUGACCGGAGUCAGGCAGCUUUUUUCCCGGGAAACACCGCCGCCUGUGCGGGGUCUGGAGCGGCGACAAUGAGCUCGGAGCACCGGAGCGACAGCGAGGACGCGGCGGAGGAGGAGAGGCCCAACAGCGGCUCCAGCGACAAAGAGGAGGACCCCGACCUGGACGACUCGGAUGCGGAGGAUGAAAUCGCCCCGACAGUGUCUCCUUCGCCCCCGGGGAGCGGUGGGAUCAGGCCGGAGCGCAGAGCGAGGUCCACGGCGUCAGAAGCGGCAGGAGAGCCGCGCUGCGAUCCUGCCGCGUCCACCGCGCCGCAGCCAGGGAGCGGCGAGGCGGCAAGCGCGGAGCUCCGCAGCGGCAACAGUGUGUUCUCCUGGCUGCAGAGCAGGACUAUAAGACGGGGGGUGUUUGUGGACCCUGCCCGGGAUAACUUCCGGACAAUGACCAGUUUGUACUGCUCCAUGAACCCGGCCGCGGAGUCUGUGAACCUGAGCACUCAGACCCAUGGAGCGGUGUUCAACCUGGAGUACUCCCCCGACGGGUCGGUGCUGACGGUGGCCUGCGAGCAGACGGAGGUCCUGCUGUUCGACCCCAUCUCCUCCCGACACAUAAAGACUCUGACGGAGGCUCACGAGGACUGCGUCAACAACAUCAGGUUUUUGGACAAUCGUCUGUUCGCCACCUGCUCCGACGACACCACCAUUGCAUUGUGGGAUCUGCGUAAGCUGAACUCGAAGGUGUGUUCGCUGCACGGCCACGCCAGCUGGGUGAAGAACAUCGAGUACGACACCAACACCAAACUGCUCGUCACUUCGGGGUUCGACGGGAACGUCAUCACGUGGGACACCAACAGGUUCACGGAGGACGGCUGCCCGCACAAGAAGUUCUUCCACACGCGGUACCUGAUGAGGAUGCGCCUGACGCCCGACUGCUCCAAGAUGCUCAUCUCCACGUCCUCGGGGUACCUGCUGAUCCUGCACGACCUGGACCUCACGCAGUCUCUGGAGGUCGGCAGCUACCGCAUGCUGCGAGCCCGGAGGACCCCCCUCAGCUCGGACGGAGGCUCGUCAGCGUCUCGGUCGGCAGGAACUCCUCGUCACGGAAACGACUCGAGCAAGAUCCACGCUCCCAGAGAAGGUCUGUCUCCCAGGAACAGUCUGGAGGUUUUGACUCCAGAGAUCCCUGGAGAGAGGGACAGAGGGAACUGCAUCACGUCUCUGCAGCUGCACCCGAAGGGCUGGGCGGCGCUGAUCCGCUGCUCCAGCAACAUGGACGACCAGGAGUGGACCUGUGUGUACGAGUUCCAGGAAGGCGCCCCCUCUCGCCCACUGGUCUCCCCCCGCUGCUCGCUCCGCCUCACUCACUACAUCGAGGAGGCCAACGUGGGCCGGGGCUACAUCAAGGAGCUGUGCUUCAGCCCCGACGGGCGGCUCAUCUGCUCCCCGUACGGCUACGGCGUGCGGCUGCUGGCCUUCGACGAGAGCUGUGGCGAACUGUCCGACUGCCUGCCCGUGCAGACCUCCGUGCUGAGGGAGAUCCGCUCGCUCUACUCCCACAGCGACGUGGUGCUCACCACAAAGUUCUCCCCCACGCACUGCCAGCUGGCCUCAGGGUGUCUCAGCGGCCGCGUGGCCCUCUACCAGCCCAAGUUCUAACGGAAAGAACCGCGAUCUGCAGACCUGGGGCAGAAACACUGAUCAGGGUUCAUGUGCAAGUGGAGAAACGUCCAGAAAUAGUCGAUUUCUACGAUUUCUCUCUACCAGCCCAAGUUCUAACAAAAAGAACCACGCUCUGCAGACCUGGAGCAGAAACACUAGUCAAGGCUCAAUCACUCAAUCUUCAUUGGUUCAUGUGCAGGUGCAGAAAAAGAGUCAAUUUCAAAGGUUUUAAACUCCUAAAAUCUAAAAUAUGCAGAUGUCUCUUGUGCAAAGACUAGGAUUAACCAGGACUGUACGCUACUUAGUUAAAAACGUUUAAAACUUGGCACAAAAAUGAGUCAAAAGCACGACUUUAAACCUUGCUUUUGCAGAAGUUGCAGAAGAAGUGUAUGACUAAUCAACUUAGGAAGUAUACCAAAUCCACAAAUGAGUCGAGUUUAAAAGGGUCAGCAACAACAUUUAUACCAAUUAGUUUAAUUAAAUUGACAAUAUUGAGUUUAAUCGCCAAUAAUUCUGCAAAAAAAAAACACUUUAAACUUUGCGUUACUUGGAAAAACGUCCUUAAGCAUAAAAAAAGGAAUGAUCUACUAUAGAAAUAACCCAAAACCACAAAGAAGUCACCUUGUAAGCAGCCAGAUCUAAUGUCUAAUUGUUAAUAUGGAUUUUUUUGGUAUACUGAAAGCAAAACAAUCGAGGGAUAUUUCCCAAUAAAUCAAAAAUCUUUAGGAUCCCUGAAUUACUUUUCCUAGCAUUUGUUUUAAAGUGCUCAAUUGGACCAGAAGUCUGGAGUAUUUUAAAUAUUCUGCCUGAUGUGUGAUGUAAAAGGAAAUAUUUAGGUUUCUCUGCCACACAACUCUUCAAAAGCUCCUUCAAAAAGAUCUAAAGAUAUUCAACUAAAGUUCUUCUGAACCCAGGUCUGCAGCUGUGACACAAACUAAAGAGGAAGAAGAGGAGGAGUGGAUUUAAACUUUAAAAACGACAUUUUUGGGGCUUUGCAAACAGACUCCUGAAAGCCCGACUGUUGAAGCUUAAAAAAAAACGUUGUGGAUUUUUUUUCGUACUAAAAUCGGGAGGAAAACUGAUUUUGGAGACUUCCAGAUGUUUCCGUCUCGGGAUACAAACACUAAAAAUGUUAAUUUAACAACAACAGGAAGUGGCUGCGUGACGCCUUCUCUCCACAGGUGCUCCAAAUCUGACCUUCGUAGUUAAAGGACCUCAUCACACACACACACACGUUUCUCUUAGUUUUUACUGUUUUUUUUAUUGUUGUCCGCACUUGUUCACGGUGUUUGUUUAUUUGUUUCGUGUUAAAAUUACUUCACAGUUUGUCCACUUUUAAUCUAAAUCCUCAAACAAAACAUGUAAUUUCAUGAAAAGUAUCUUAAAGUUUCCCACUUUGACAUUCUUCAGACCCAUUUCCAAGAUAAUACUCUCCUCAAUUACAUAUGUCUUCUCUAAUAAAUACAGCUGACAUUAUUCUGAAUCGUCCUUGAUACAUGAAGCCCCUUUUGUCCAACAAUUUUAGUUUGCAUCUGUUGCCUCAGCGUUGUUCGUUUAACCUUAAAAUAGUAAAUACUUUGACUUGUUUUUUCUUGUUUGAUCACCUUGUAAAUCACUGUUCGGCUUUUUCUCCCCCGUCCCUGUUUUGCAUCAAAUCCAAUCCCAAAUGGAUGACUUCUACGGUCCCGCUGUUGUUCAUUCUCUCUCUUUUAAACACGCUUUAGGAGCCCAACACACACACAUGUUUAAUUGUCUCAUGCAGAAUAGAAAUUAGGUUGAUUUAAAAGAUAGAUAUUACUACUAUGCAUCUCUGUCUUUAUGAAGAUUCUCCCUCUUCUCUCCAGGAGCUUUAGAUGCCAACAUGUGUUUUGUAAGCUGGGAAUUUAAUUGAAACUAUUAUGGGUGUUAAAAAAACUUUUUUUUAAAUUUGAAUUUAAUUUAAAACAAUUAAUUGACAUUCUUUCGAAAUACACUUAUGCUUCUUGCAGAAAGGAAGCCGGUUAGCUCGACUUAGCUUAGCACAAAGACUGGAAACAGGGAAAAGUCUGUUUUAAAAAAAAACGUUGUUGUUUUUUUGUGAUUUGAUGUAUUGGAAAUAUUAUUAUUUAUACAGUACACCUUUUCGAAUGUACUUUUUUGGCGCCUGGAGCACCACAAGCUUUCUAGUUCCAUACAAUUCAAUUUAUUUUUGAGUGAAAUCUUCCCUUUUUAAGGCCUCGAAUCAUCACGUAAUAUCUUAUAUAACUGUAUAACCUGUAUACAAUUGGAAAUGUAAAAAAUGUUGUUUUGGGAGGGUUACGGACCAGACUACUUCCUGGUUGAUAACAAAUCAACUCUCUGGAGUGAGACAACAAAGAAACAGUCCGGGAUGUAACCUUCCUCAUUAAAUCUUGUUUUAACAUUUCAGUUUUGGUACAAAAUGUCAGAAAUUCAAAAAAAGUGUCCAUCCUAGUUCUCAAAUUAAAAGGUGAUAUCUUUAAAUGUCUUGUUUUAUCAGUAAAAAAACCCCAAAGAUAUUCACUUCAAUAUGAUAUCAGAGAAAAGCUCUGGAUUUAGUAACUUAAGGGAAGCAUUUAAAGACAUUUUUGCAUUAAAUAUUUUUUGUGUCAAUCAACUAAUCGUUUUAAACAGGUUUAGCUAUUUCAAAUGUAUGCUAAGCUAAAAAACGUUGUGCUAAACUAAGCUAAUAACUUUGUGCUAAGCUAAUAACUUUGUGCUAUGCUAAGCUAAUAGCUGCUAGGUGUGGCUUCGUAUCAACCUUCUAAAAACGCACUGCAAGAGAGUGUAAAAAGGAUAUUUCCAAAAAACUUUUGAAAACAAAAAAUACUGGAUUUACACUUAUUUAAUUUGAGGUGAAAAUAAGAAAAUCUUCUGAACAUAGGUAACUCAUAUUAUAAUUUAAAUUCCCAGCUCACGCCAUGGUCCUGUUUGUAAAGAGGAAGGAUGCUUUUCACACUUUGUACCUUUUUGUUUCAGUCUCUUCGUCUAAUUUCAGUCAAUUUAGGGACUUUUUUUCAUGAAUAUUUAGCAUUUGUAGCAUAUAAAUAUUAAUCUGUCUGAACUGGGGUUUUUUCGGGCUGCCACGCUGUAUAACGCUGUCAUGUUUUAUCUGCCAUUUUCACUUCAGGUAUUGCAACUGAAAAACUGGGAUUAUUUUUAUGAUUUUGAUCUAUUUUUGUUAUUUUUUUAAUGUCCCACUCUGGGUUUUUUUCUUUGUGGAUUCAUUGAAUGUUCUCGAUGGUUUCUGGUGUCACGUCUUGAGGACAAGAGACGAAGAACUUAUUUUCUCUGUUUCCUAAACUGCUUAAAACUGAAAGUAAUCCCGACAAUGAAGCUGAAAUGGUACUUAUUAUCACUGAAAUAAAAAGGUUAGCUUGUUUUGCACUG